AUGGACGCAACAAUGGAAAACAAAAUGGGGCUCCCGCCGCCGUACGAAUCCAGUAUACCAAAUCCAGCGCCACCGCCGUCUUAUUUCGGUGAUAAUCCACCACCGCCCACCGCACCGACUGCACAGCCUCGUACAGUGGUUGUCACAUCAGCUCCAACCACAUCACAAUCAGAAUCGAGUGAAAUAAAAAUAGGCCCGGGGCCCACAGGAAUAACGUGCCCAAAUUGCAACAGAUCUGUCGUAACCAGAGUUCAUUACGUUGCUAACAAUCGUACACAUAUAAUAUCAGCUGGACUUUGUGUAUUAACCGGGUGCUGUUGCGGUUGCUUCGUUCCAUACUGCAUGCGGUCGUGCAAAUCCGCAAAUCACUUUUGUCCAAAAUGCAGAGCAUUUAUCGGCACUUACACUCCUUCGUGA